AUGUGGGGAGGAGGGGACAACCCGAGUUAUGACGAGGAUGGGGAUUUUGACGUAGAACAAGCCGAGGUUUUCGAGGAUGUUCACCCGGUGCUAGGUGUCGUUGUUAAGAACAGUAUUAACAUCAAUGUUAAUGUAAGUGGCAGUCCUGGAUUUGUGAAUAAUGUAAGUGUGCAGGAUAAGGAGUUAGCAGCGAAUGUAGGAAAGAGCGCAGUGGUUAUAGAAGAAGAAGUACACAAGUUGUUGAAGAAAGCGCUAGAGAACGGGAACGAAACAGGAGAGGAGUCUGGAGGUGGAGUUUACGUGGUUAUUGGAGUGGUUAUCGGAGUUUUAAUCAUCAUUAUAGUUAUCGCAGUAUUCUUGAUAUACAGGAACAGUAAGUUGUGUGCACGGAGGGAGAGGAAUGAGCUUUCAGAACCACGGUCAAAGUGGAAAGGAGUGGGAAGGAGGAUAAAGGAUGGUUUCCGUGGAGAGCUUAUGACAAAACCGUCCCAAGAGGGCAAGAGUUGUUCAAGUACAAACAUUGCGACGGUUGAGGAUGCAGGGUAUCUGGUUCCGAACAAUGUUCUAGGAAGUGAUCAGACAGAGCUUACGCAGAGCCAUGGGAGGAAAGAAAGCGGAUUAGAAGUAUCAGAUAUGAAGGGGCGAACUGGCGUAGCCAAUGCGAAUUUCAGAGAGCGCGAGGAGGCUGAUUAUGAGGAAGUACAGGUUGAGGGUGCUGGAACCGCGACACAAAGAUUCACAAGCAGUUUAGAAAAACCUACAAGUUCUGCGAAAAUUGGCAUAAAAGUUAGUUUGGAGAAUGUGAAGGUUGAAGAUCUCAUGAACCACACUUAUGUCGACACAGAGUUUGGAUCUACGGGAUUUAUUGAAAGAAGUUUAAAGGGAGCUGAAGACAUGAAAGGAGCUGUUACGGUUGAUAUGAAGACGAUUACGAAGAAAAUGAGUUUGAGACCAACAGAUGAAGGUGAAGAACUGUAUAGUAGUAGUGCUGUAGACUGGAUUGGAGAAUGUUUUGACGGUGUCAGGGAAGCAGAUGGGUUGGAUUUUACCUGUGCCUCUGAUGAUGUUUUUUCAGAACGAGAUAGUUUGGACUAUCAAGUGGCUGAUAGUAGUUUUAUUGAAAGUAUUGGAAACAGGGUGGAGAAUGCAAUUAAAGAUAUCGUUUUUGAGAAGCAAGUGGGAAUGAGUAGGGUGCAGAAUGCUCUCCAAGAUAUUGGGAACGAAAUUCGUAAUGAGAAGGAGGAGGUUUAUGACAUGUUAACGAGAGUACAAGGUUUACAAGAUUUGUGUGAGGAGACACCCAGGAGAAGUGCACGUUUAGCAAAGAAACGCCUGGAGAAGGAGAACAGACCUUAA